AUAAUAAUAAUAAAAAAACAUAAAAAAGGUCGUACGUACGAUCUUAAACUCUCUCUCUCCCUUGCCGUUACAUGAGUUUUUUUUUUUAAUCUUCUGCUUCGAUUGUUCGUUUGAGCUUUAGAUUCUGACAUCUGAUUCUUAUUUUGAAUUGAAUUGUUAUCUGAUCUGAUCUAAUCUAAUCUAAUCUAAAUAAACUAAGGAAAUAAAAGGAGGAGGUACCUGAUUCAUGGCUGAGAAAUCGUGUGUCAAGCGACUCCAGAAGGAAUAUAGAGCUCUCUGUAAAGAACCAGUCUCUCAUGUUGUUGCCCGUCCUUCUCCAAGUGACAUUCUUGAAUGGCAUUAUGUGUUGGAGGGAAGUGAAGGAACACCUUUUGCAGGUGGAUAUUAUUAUGGAAAAAUCAAGUUUCCUCCAGAGUAUCCCUAUAAACCUCCUGGAAUCAUCAUGAUCACUCCCAAUGGGCGAUUCAUGACUCAAAAGAAAAUAUGCUUAUCCAUGAGUGAUUUUCAUCCAGAGAGUUGGAACCCCAUGUGGUCUGUAUCAAGUAUACUUACAGGGCUUCUUUCUUUCAUGACGGACAACAGUCCUACCACAGGAAGUGUGAACACUACUGCUGCUGAUAAGCGACGCCUAGCAAAGGAUUCUCUUGCUUUCAAUUGUAAGAAUGCUGCAUUCAGGAAAUUGUUUCCCGAGUAUGUAGAGAAGCAUGACCAGGAGCUGCACUCUGAGCAGCUUGUUUCAUCACAGGCACCACAAGAAGAUAAAUCCAGAGCCAAAUUGGAAAAGCACGGUGAUUCUUCAGUGGAAAAUGCGAAAAGAGUAGAUGCCCCAAAGGAUGAGAGAAGAAACAGGAAGCAGCCAUUUCCAACCUGGAUGAUGUUGUUGCUGGUUUCGAUCUUUGGUGUUGUAAUGGCGCUGCCUCUGCUUCAACUUUGAAAUCUAGACUGGACAAUGGAAAUGCUAGAAGGGUCAGUGGUAAUACAGGCGUUUUCUAGACUACUCUUCAAAUGCUCCUCCUUUAGGUUUGAUGCCGUGUAUCUACCAGAAAAUUGUACAGGGGUCGAUGCCGAUGAGGCCCACUUGGGUCUCUUGACUGUUGCUAAUAUUACUGUCGGCAGGCUGUUCAAAUGCUUGAAGUUUGCAUACUUCUGAUGCCAUUUUAAUGCCAAUUUUGUUGGGGGGUUGUGUUUGGUACUUCAGCUUGGUGUUCUUUGUUUUCUUCUUGUUUCGAAGUUCUGUUCAAGGUCACUGCUAAAACAUUAUCAUUGCCAUACCACGUUCUGUUGCCUAGUCAAAAGAAAAACGAUCCCUUGUCUGUGCACUUGAUUAUUUAUAGUUUGCUUAAUGAUAUUGAUUUGGCCAGCACUGUUACCUUA